AUGUCUCCACCUCUCCCCGUUCGGGAUGAUCUCGUCAUCGAAGAGGACGCCAAAGUCAAUGUUGAUUACCUCGCACAUUCCUGGACAUACGAGGACAUGUGGGCCACUCGACGACACGUCCGUCAGAUCAACCAGGGAAGUCUCGUCAGAUGUCGCUUCGAAAAUGCGCUGUGGAGAGCCUGGCGGGCAUCCAGCCGGCAGUCCGUCCGGAUGCCAGCGGCAGUUAUCGCCUGGGAUAAAGACAGUGACAUCACUUGGCUCUAUGGCCCAUUGAAGUCGAGCAGAAAGGCCACCCCCGACGGUUCACCCUCGCCGCAAAGUCCCAGAAAGCCAUCCCUGAAGAGAAAGCCAAGCGUAUGGGAGCUGACAGACUUGCCCACACUACCGGAUGAUUCUACAAAGUCCCUGCUCGGCCGCGUAUGGAAUAUUACCAUCAAAUCAGUCCCUAGCAGUAUCCUCAGUUCGCCACAAAGGUGGAAUAAGCGACAAAAAUGCCGAGUACAUUUCGAAGAACAGGUUCAGCAGUGCCAAUACGCCCGUGAUGACCGAUGGACUCGAAACUAUAAUCCCUAUCUCUUGGAACACACUACAGUUCGAAUGGACGCCUUUCAGACCCAAACUAUCGAACCCUUACCCUCGACCUAUCUGACGGGCUUCGAGACGUUCGAGUCGACUGAUUCGACACACUGUCAGUCAGUUUUCAACUUUCUCGAAGAGCUGGAGUAUGUCCUCUCCGUCUUGGUUCUUCGUCCUGUCGUUCGACCGAGACUGCCUUCUCAGUUACAAACAUGA